CACUAUAAAAUUUCAAAGAUGGAUCAACAUUUUUACAAACAGAACUCUCUCUUCUUCUUCUUCUUGCAAACAAACCCUAUCCAUCCAUGGCAUCAAGGAAGAUCUUUUUCGGGUCAAAACCAAAUUACAUAUACCCAGUCAAGGAAUCCGACAGUGGAACAAAUGUCAUCAUCAACGACGACGUUUUCGAGUUCGAUGAAGCAGACAUAUGGAAUUAUAAUUCCAAUGAAGCAACAACGAAUGCACAAGAAGAUGGAAAGAGGCCAUUGCCGAGUUCUCGAUCUUCGUCUAAGAAAAUUCCGAGGAAGAUGGAGAUUAUAAGUGUUGGUCAUAAGACACAAAAGAUCGCUUCGGCUUCAUUGCCGGUCAACGUCCCCGACUGGUCCAAGAUUCUUAAAGCGGAAUACAGGGUACACGCUGAUAAAGAUGCCGACGAAAGCGACGGCGACGGAAGGGUCCCACCUCAUGAAUAUUUGGCGAGGAGAAGAGGAGCUUCGUUUUCGGUUCAUGAAGGAAUUGGAAGGACGUUGAAAGGUAGAGACUUGCGUUGCGUAAGAAACGCUGUCUGGAAAAAAACAGGCUUUGAAGAUUAACACAACAAAGAGAGUUCUGGUUG